CACUUGAACGCAGCAGGAGCGUCACCACGUCACUGUUUUCCAACAUGGCGGCGCCCCUGCCCGGCAGGUGUGGAUUCUUCGUGGAGAAAAAGAAACGCUUCUGUAAAAUGAUCGUGGCUCGAGGAAAUGUGUUCUGCGGAGAGCACGCGACUCAGGAGGAGGGCAGCUGCAGGAGGAUCGUUUGUCCUCUGGACCCCAAACACACCGUGAGUGAAGACAAGCUGGAAAAACACCUGAAGAAAUGUAACUCCAGAGAGAAGCCCAAGCCUGUUUACUAUGUGGAGAACAUAAACGCUGGACCAGCUGACGGAGACGAGACGCUCCAGCAGGUGAGUCUGUGUGAUCUCAGCCGGACUCAGCUUCAGUCUCUGUUGGACAAACUGAAGACAGCCGCCACAGGACUGCAGUGCGACAUUGAGGACGGUUUUCUGUCUCAUCCGGUCGUUCAGGAGGAACUGGACGACCCAAAGAACGGAGACUCCGCCAACAAACACCUGAAGCAGCAGUCCUCUCUGUUAGGUCACAUGGAGGCGCUGGGGCUGCUGGGUAGGGGGCGGAGCUUCGUGGAGUUCGGAGCGGGUCGAGGGAAACUUUCCCACUGGAUCCACGAAGCCCUGAGGAGACGAGACCCCCUGAAGACAGGUGAGGAUCUGAAGGACCUGCAGUUCCUGCUGGUGGAGCGCAGCAGCACGCGCUUCAAGGUGGACGGGAAACAUCAGGAGGCUGGAGUUCAGUUCGAGAGGCUGCAGGUCGACAUCCAGCAUCUGGACUUAAGUAAAGUGGCGCCGCUCACCGACAGGAAGCUGCCUCUGGUCGCCGUGGGGAAACACCUGUGUGGAGCCGCGACAGAUCUGGCUCUCCGCUGUCUGCUCGACACACCGGGACCCCGAGAGGAGAGCGGACCACCACCGAAACGCCUCAAAACCUCAGAAGAAGAGGAUUCAGCAGAGCCUGAUCGAGUUCCUGGUUCUGGUUCUGGUCCUGGUCCAGUUCUGGGCGUUGCCGUGGCGCUGUGCUGUCACAACCGCUGUGAGUGGCGUCACUACGUUGGGAAAGAGUUCUUCCUGCAGCGAGGAAUCGGAGCCGAAGAGUUCUCAGCGUUCUGCAGGAUGUCGAGCUGGGCCACGUGUGGAAUGAGACCGACCAAUCAGGACGCUCCAUCUCAGGAUCCGGCCAAUCAGAGCAGAGAGGAGGAAGAGCACGAACCGGCGGAGGAGAGGGACGCUGUGAGCGGGUUCCUGUCGGUGGAGGAGAGAGAGCAGGUCGGGCGUCUCUGCAAACAGCUGAUCGACGCCGGAAGAAUCCACUUCCUGCAGGAGAGAGGAUUCAACAGCAAACUGACUCGAUACGUUAGCAGUCAGGUGACUCUGGAGAACGUCCUGCUGACCGCUGUCCCCUGAACGCCUCACUGCAGAGAGACGUCCCGCUGACCGCUGUCCCCUGAACGCCUCACUGCAGAGAGACGUCCUGCUGACCGCUGUCCCCUGAACGCCUCACUGCAGAGAGACGUCCUGCUGACAGCUGUCCCCUGAACGCCUCACUGCAGAGAGACGUCCUGCUGACCGCUGUCCCCUGAACGCCUCACUGCAGAGAGACGUCCUGCUGACAGCUGUCCCUGAACGCCUCACUGCAGAGAGACGUCCCGCUGACCGCUGUCCCCUGAACGCCUCACUGCAGAGAGACGUCCCGCUGACCGCUGUCCCCUGAACGCCUCACUGCAGAGAGACGUCCCGCUGACCGCUGUCCCCUGAACGCCUCACUGCAGAGAGACGUCCUGCUGACCGCUGUCCCCUGAACCUCUCACUGCAGAGAGACGUCCCGCUGACCGCUGUCCCCUGAAUGCCUCACUGCAGAGAGACGUCCCGCUGACCGCUGUCCCCUGAACGCCUCACUGCAGAGAGACGUCCCGCUGACCGCUGUCCCCUGAACGCCUCACUGCAGAGAGACGUCCCGCUGACCGCUGUCCCCUGAACGCCUCACUGCAGAGAGACGUCCCGCUCACCGCUGUCCCCUGAACGCCUCACUGCAGAGAGACGUCCUGCUGACCGCUGUCCCCUGAACGCCUCACUGCAGAGAGACGUCCUGCUGACCGCUGUCCCCUGAACGCCUCACUGCAGAGAGACGUCCUGCUGACCGCUGUCCCCUGAACGCCUCACUGCAGAGAGACGUCCCGCUGACCGCUGUCCCCUGAAUGCCUCACUGCAGAGAGACGUCCUGCUGACCGCUGUCCCCUGAACGCCUCACUGCAGAGAGACGUCCUGCUGACCGCUGUCCCCUGAACGCCUCACUGCAGAGAGACGUCCCGCUGACCGCUGUCCCCUGAACGCCUCACUGCAGAGAGACGUCCCGCUGACCGCUGUCCCCUGAACGCCUCACUGCAGAGAGACGUCCCGCUGACCGCUGUCCCCUGAACGCCUCACUGCAGAGAGACGUCCCGCUGACCGCUGUUCCCUGAACGCCUCACUGCAGAGAGACGUCCUGCUGACCGCUGUCCCCUGAACGCCUCACUGCAGAGAGACGUCCUGCUGACCGCUGUCCCCUGAACGCCUCACUGCAGAGAGACGUCCUGCUGACCGCUGUCCCCUGAACGCCUCACUGCAGAGAGACGUCCUGCUGACUGCUGUCCCCUGAACGCCUCACUGCAGAGAGACGUCCUGCUGACCGCUGUCCCCUGAACGCCUCACUGCAGAGAGACGUCCCGCUGACCGCUGUCCCCUGAACGCCUCACUGCAGAGAGACGUCCCGCUGACCGCUGUCCCCUGAACGCCUCACUGCAGAGAGACGUCCCGCUGACCGCUGUCCCCUGAACGCCUCACUGCAGAGAGACGUCCUGCUGACCGCUGUCCCCUGAACGCCUCACUGCAGAGAGACGUCCUGCUGACCGCUGUCCCCUGAACGCCUCACUGCAGAGAGACGUCCUGCUGACCGCUGUCCCCUGAACGCCUCACUGCAGAGAGACGUCCUGCUGACCGCUGUCCCCUGAACGCCUCACUGUAGAGACACUAUCAGGGUUUUUAUUUACAGUUUAAAUGAAAAUAUGUUUUCAAACGUUUUUUAAGUUUUUAUUAAAGAGUUUUUACUUUAA